CCUCGCUACCGCCGCCGCUCUGUGGUUUGCGGCCCAAUGGAGCCGGUGGAGCGCGGCCUCCCGCCUCGUCAGCCCGCACCCGGCCCCGCCCGCGCUGCCGCCCGGCUCCACCGGCGCCCUCCGGUCACCGCGGCUGUUCUGGGGCACGUACCGGCCUAACGUGUACUUCGGGAUGAAGACGCGCAGCCCCAGGGCGCUCGUUACCGGGCUGAUGUGGCUGCAGCAGCAGGAGGGAGGCGGCGGCCUGCGGCACACGUGCGAGGAGAGCGACGGGCUCGGGCGCUACGGGUGGGUGAUGCACGACGGGGAGAGCUUCGGGGCGCAGGAGAUCAGGGACGGGGCCGUGGAGCUGAGAACCGAGUUCGUGAAGAGCCCCGGAGGGGAGCACGGAGGGGACUGGAGCUGGAGGGUGACGGCGAGGAUGGAGAACGCCAGCGCCCCCCCUGCCCUCCUCUCCCUCUUCUUCUACGCGGCCACCGACGGGCAGGGCACGCUGGAGCCGCGGCUGGAGAACGGCUCCCGUUUGGCGGCCGUCAGGGGGACAACGGAGGAGCUGGGGGGCUUCACCCUCCGCUUCCUGCGCCCCACGGCGCCGGGCUCGCAGGACCCCAAACCCGCCAGUUACAACUGGUUGGAGGCGCCCAGCCCGGGCCUGCACCGCCUGACGGAGCUGGUGCGGAGCAGCCUCACCCCCAGCGCCGUCUUCUCGGCACCGGCGCGCCCGCGGCGCCGCUUCUUCGCCGUGUCCCCAUCUGGAGGCCUCCCCGGUGCCCCCCCCCGUGGGCGGGUGCUGCUGCACCAGGUGACGCUGGAGCCGCCGGCCGCCGUGGAGGUGAUGUUCGAGUCCGGCAGCGCGGCGCCGGCACCGGUGCCGCUCAUGGGAGCCGCUCUCUCGGCGGCGCUGGCCCGGCACGAGGCCGCCUUCCGGCACCGCUUCGAGGCCACCUUCGGGCUGGCGGGGAAGGGCUUCACGGCCCCGCAGCAGCGCUUUGCGCAGGCGGCGCUCAGCGAGGUGCUGGGCGGCAUCGGGUACUUCCAUGGGCGCUCCUUGGUGCAGGCGGCGCCGGGCGAGCGCGCGGUGCCCGGUGCCGAAGCCGCGCUCUUCACCGCCGUCCCCUCGCGCUCCUUCUUCCCGCGCGGUUUCCUAUGGGACGAGGGCUUCCACCAGCUGCUGGUGGCGCGCUGGGACCCGGCGCUGAGCCUCGAGGUGCUGGCGCAUUGGUUGGACCUGAUGAACGCCGAGGGCUGGAUCCCGCGGGAGCAGAUCCUAGGGGAGGAGGCGCGGGCCAAGGUGCCCCCCGAGUUCGUGCUGCAGCGCGGCGACACCGGGAACCCCCCGACGCUGCUGCUGGCGCUCGAGCGGCUGCUCCCGGCGGCGCCACGGCCCUUCCUGCAGCGCCUCUUCCCGCGCCUCUGCGCCUGGUACGCGUGGUUCAACCGCACCCAAGCCGGGCCGGAGCCGCUGAGCUUCCGGUGGCGCGGGCGCGACGCCGAGCACGAGCGCUUCCUGAACCCCAAAACCUUGGCAUCGGGGCUCGAUGAUUACCCCCGUGCUUCCCACCCGUCCCCGCAUGAGCGGCACCUGGACCUACGGUGCUGGAUGGCGCUGGGCGCCCGCGUCCUGGCGGCGCUGGCCGAGCGCUUGGGCCAACCGGUGGAGCCGUUCGGUGCCGCGGCGCGGGCGCUCGGCGACAACGAGCUCCUGGAGCGGCUGCAUUGGGCGCCGGAGCUCGGCGCCUUCGCCGAUUACGGCAACCACAGCGCGGCCGUGGCUUUGCGCUGGCAGCACCCAGCGCCCGCAGCACCGGGGCAGGCGCCGCGGUUGGUGCGGGAGGUGCGGGAAGCGCCGCGGUUGCGCUUUGUGGACGCCUUGGGUUACGUGAGCCUGUUCCCGGUGCUGCUGCAGCUGCUGCGGCCGGAUUCACCGCGCCUGCCGGCGGUGCUGGCCGCAAUGCGCAGCGAGAGGCAGCUUUGGUCGCCCUUUGGGCUACGGUCGCUGGCAAGGGACAGCGCUUUCUACCUGCGGCCCAACACGCAGCACGACCCCCCGUACUGGCGCGGCUCCGUCUGGCUCAACAUCAACUUCCUGGCGCUGCGGGCGCUGCACGGCUACGCCGGCACCGAGGGGCCGCAGCGGGAGCGCGCCGCUCGGCUCUACCGGGAGCUGCGGCACAACCUCAUCGCCAACGUGUACCGGCAGCACGCCGAGAGCGGCUUCCUAUGGGAGCACUACAGCGACAGCUCCGGGCGCGGCCAGGGCUGCCGCCCCUUCGCCGGUUGGACCGCGCUGGUGGUGCUGGUGAUGGCCGAGGACUAUUGAUGGUGCCGGUGCGGCUCGGCCUUGACUCAGGUGC